AUGAUCGCGAAUAACACAUCUGCCAGUGAAAAAUCUGGAGAUUUCCCAAAACGGUCGGUUGAUCCAAUCUACAGGGAUUUCGUCAUAGUCGAUGACGUACCCGUAGGUGACUGGGGUCUCUUUAUAUUGAAUUUAUCGGUGUCUACUAUGGUUCCUAUCGUUGGUUUUGCUCUAUGUUCACUGCUAGCCAAAACUCAUGCUGCUAAAUGUGGUGCAUUGAUAGGUUGCGGACUACUUUUGGUCUUGUACGGAGCUAGUCUUUUACCUAAGAAUGUGUUGUUGGAGGAAUUGGAGCAAUCGGAAAUAGACAAGUUAGGUCAGCUCAUCGAUUCGCUCAUACAGAGAAUAACCAAUAUAUUUCACCUAAACGAGUUGGAAUCGUCCAAAUUGCCCUACACGAUCAUCGUAAUUGGAGUUCUGAUUAUAGUGACGUCAAGCGUCCAAUUCUAUAGAGUACGGACAAAGGCAAGCAAAUUUCUCACCUAA